CUGAAGAUGGAGGAAAUCGGUUUGUCGCCAGCCCCCCAGGAGCAGGUCGAUACGGAACUCGUAGAAGCCAACCCCACUGCAGGCGUCUCGGGUGAUCCCUUCCGCAUAAGCGAUGACGACCUGUACCUAAAGUUGAAGUCCCUUAAGAAACAGCUAGAAUUUAUUGAAGUUCAAGAAGAGUACAUCAAGGAUGAACAGAAGAAUCUUAAGAAAGAGUACCUCCACGCACAGGAGGAAGUGAAGCGUAUCAAAAGCGUGCCCCUAGUUAUUGGUCAGUUUCUGGAGGCCGUUGAUCAAGGAACGGGCAUUGUCGGUUCAACCACCGGUUCAAACUACUACGUCAGAAUCCUGUCUACCAUUGACAGAGAACUUUUAAAGCCCAGUGCGAGUGUUGCUCUGCACAAACAUAGCAAUGCCCUAGUAGAUGUUCUCCCACCCGAAGCUGACAGCAGUAUAACUAUGCUUCAAGCCGAUGAGAAGCCUGAUGUCUCCUAUGCUGACAUUGGCGGCAUGGACAUUCAGAAGCAGGAGGUACGAGAAGCAGUUGAACUUCCCCUCACACAUUUCGAGUUAUACAAACAAAUCGGCAUUGAUCCUCCUCGCGGCGUCCUCAUGUUUGGUCCACCCGGCUGCGGCAAAACGAUGCUGGCGAAGGCAGUGGCCCAUCACACAACUGCCGCCUUUAUUCGUGUGGUCGGAUCAGAGUUUGUGCAGAAGUACCUUGGUGAGGGCCCCAGGAUGGUGCGCGAUGUCUUUCGCCUUGCCAAAGAGAAUGCGCCUGCCAUCAUCUUCAUCGACGAAAUCGAUGCCAUCGCCACUAAGAGGUUCGAUGCACAGACCGGAGCUGAUCGUGAAGUUCAGCGUAUUCUCCUGGAGUUGCUGAAUCAAAUGGACGGCUUUGAUCAAACUGUCAAUGUCAAGGUCAGCCUCCUUCGCCCUUCAUCUUCAUUUGCUCAUCUGUUCUCUUACUGA